AAGGAAAUGCUCCCGUCAAUAACAACUUUAGUUAGUUUGAAUUAAGCGAAUCUUAAGGGAAUUUUAUGAAUAAUAAAGGAACUGUGUUAUAAUGGCUUAUUCUUGGGAUAGUCGAGUUGACUUCGUUGUGCGAUACAUGUAUGAUAUCGACAACAACGGAUUUUUGGAUCAGAAUGACUUCUUAUGCAUGGCAGUCAGAGCAUGUGUCGUGGAAGGAAAAGGAGACUGCAGUACCGCUCGGUUGGAUGAGUAUAAGAAAUUAAUGAAGAAUUUGUGGGAAGAGAUUUCUGCAAUUGCCGAUGAUGACAAGGAUGGAAAAAUUUCAAAUCAGGAGUUCAAGGAUGCUGUUAAAAAAACAUGUGUAGGGAAAAAAUAUGAAGAAUUUCCUCAGGCAAUGCGGGCAUUCAUCGAGUCUAACUUCAAACUGCUUGAUAUUGAUAAUGACGGAAUAGUUGGAGUUAACGAAUAUCGGUACAACUGUAUUACAAGGGUAGCUGUUGAUGAUAUUUCACCCAUUGACAAAGCGUUUGAGACUCUAUUGAAUGAUGAUGAUAAAAAACGUGGUGGACUGACACUUGAUCGGUACAAAGAGCUUUACGGCCAGUUUCUGGGAAAUACAGCUGAUAACCAUCCAGCGGUGAAUCUUUUUGGACCUUUAUAACUAUUUUUUUAAAUUAUUGUCUUCGCUGUUGUUCAACUACUAUUUUUUUAAGUUUAAUUUGUAAUUACUAUGACUAUACUUAACUAGGUUAAAUGCAUUCAUAUCAUUUGUGUAGAAUCGUCAGAUGAUCAAUUCGUUAUCUUUAAAUGUUUUUAUAGUUAGAAUAGAUAUUUGCUCUCCGAAGUUAACCUCACCAUAAAAUGUUGAUUUUCUCUCAGAUGAAAGCUCCUCCAAAAUGUUUCUCUCUCAUAAUCUUGUAACAUUUAAUCAAAUUGUUCUUAUGUUUGUUAAUUUAAAAAAGUUUUCAUGUAAAAACGAAUAAACUAAGCGAAAUGCGUAAAUACGCUUUCAGUCUGAAAA